GUCAAAUUGUCGUGUUAUCGUUUAUAACUGACCACUUCUUCAAACCUUCUUUAUUCUGUUAUUUCUUGACUCUCAUCUUCGCUGAUUAUGAUCAUCGGUAUAGCCGGGAUGCAACAUCAAUGGAAUCUUAAUUUAGGACAAUUGAAAGCUUUAUAGUAGUGACACACACAAGCAGACAUACAAACAUACGCAAAAAUAAGGAACCUAGACGAUUUCUAAAAACGACAAUGCGUUGCGGCGUUAAAAAUUAUGGAUACAACCGCACAUGAACGAUAGUUAUUGUAAUAAAUUUAUUUACUUUACAUCUACUCGUUAUCCCGCUACUGAUCGGUGGAUAUCUAUCGUAACUAUACGCAUUACGAUAAUAUGUUGAUCUAUACAUAGGCAUACACACUCAAUCAUUGAGAUUUAUCUAUACCACGCUUUACCAACAAUGCAUUAUCGGAUCAAAUAGCGUGUGCUUUCACAUCUUGACUCAGUUUUUAAAAUACCAUUGCUUAUCAUAUCAAUGUAAUUUCAUAUUGAAAGCAAACGGGUGUUGCUGAAGUCUAGCUAAAAGUCGCUGAUGACAACGAUAUGCAGAAAUAGGCAAAUUUAGUCAGCUAAUUCAAUAUGCAAAUUUUUCAAACUAUGUUUUAUUAAUUAACGCCGAUGCAGAGUGGGGGAAAUUAAAUGUAACUUUGGCUACUGGUCAAUAUCAGCUUCCUUCUUCAUUAUCUUCUAUCUUGUUUUCUAAUUUCGACCUUUUUCUUCUUCUCUCCUCUUUUCCUGACCUUUUUCAAUGUAAACAAAUGUCUGCUGAAUUGACGAACGACGGGGAUGUCACCACCACCAUCAGCUGGAAUAUACGAAAGAUAUGAGAAGAAUCCAGGAUCAGUAUAAUUUAGAUGGAUGCCUCAGCACAUUACCGGAGAUCGAUCUUGCAAAAAAACUAUCGAAGCUGUCUAGUAAAAAAGAAUACAAAAGCGAGUACGAAAAGAACAAGCAUGAUUCAGCCUUCAGCAAAGGAUAUACAGAUGUUUUGGAAUAUAAAGUCGCCAGAGAUGCCAACCUUAUGAUGAGUAACAAAAAAUAUAAAGAAGAUUGGGAAAGUGAUAAAAACACGAUUUUCUAUCCGGUUACUCUGACUCCAAUAUACGAAACUGCAACGCAAGCUCAAAAAGCUGUCAGUGAAAAUCUUUAUCGGCGUGAUAGCAAGAAUGAAGGAUCAAAAUCACAUUACGAUCCAGUCAAAACGUCUGCUUAUCAAACAGCCAAAAAUCAACACGACUACGUCAGUGAUAUUAUGUACAGAGCGGAAUAUCAAAAGAACAAGGGGAAGGGAUACACACCCUUGGCAAUGACAGCGGAUAUGGCAAUCGCAAACUCUCUGAGGAAUAUAAUGUCCUACAAAGCCUACACAGCAUAUGCUAGAAAAUUGUGGGAACAUUAUCACCUCGUUGUGCCGAUACCACAGAUUGCAGUCGCCGUCGAGACGGCGAAGAUGACGUCUGACAAAUUUUACAUGGCGCACUUCAAGAAAGAGGUUUAUGGAAAAUCAGGACCAGCUGACAUUCGAAAUUACCCAGAGCUUCUUAUGGCCCGUAGAGUAGCGGGAUUGGUUAGUCAGAACGCUUACAAGAAAGAUCACCAUGUGGCCAAGCUUCCGUACACCAUGUCCGUCGAUGCUCCGGAAUUUAUCAGGGCAAAGAAGGCUGCUGAAGGGAGUGAUAUUCUGUACAAAAAACAGAAGGGUCAAGCCAUCGAACAAUUUCGGGGAUUUCAAACCAUGGAUCCACAGGCUCAUCCAGUCGUCAAGCACAAGCAAAGAGUGGAUGAGAUGAAUGAUCAAAAAUAUAAAGAAGAUUGGGAAUAUGACAAGAGUUGUAUCUAUUAUCCAGUUCAUAUAACUCCAGGAUAUGAAGCAUUUCACAAAGCGGAUGAAGCAAGGAGUGAUGUUGCUUACAAAGGAGACUUUGAGAAAAACAAGGCUAAAAAUAGAUAUGAUGUAACUUCUACACCAAUCUACAAAACUUUACAAGAGAUAUCUGAUGCCACGUCUGAUGUUAAAUAUAAAGAAGAAUAUGAAAAGAACAAAGCAAACUUGACACAGAUUGAAGAAACUCCAGAAAUGAAACUUUACAAAGAUCUUCAACCAUAUCAGAGCAAAACUAAAUACAGUGCUGAAUCAAAAAAUAUGUUGAAGAAUGUGAACAUUGGGCCGGAAAUGCAAGAAGUGGCACAUGCUGUUUCUUCUCAAAAGAUGGCUUCUGAUGACACUUAUAGACAAGAUUACAAUGAUAACGUAAUGGGAAAACCACCAAAUGAUCCAUCAAUGGCUUAUCCACAAUAUAAGCACAUGAAGGAAGUUACAGAAAAAACUAACCCAGUGAAUUACAAAAGAGAAGCAGAAAACAUUAAGCAACAUACUCAGAUUCCUCCAGACCAUCCUGAUUUUAUUCGGGCUAAGCAGACAGCAAAAAAUCGUAGUGACAUUGAAUAUCAAAAACAAAAGAAAGAAAUGAUAGAAUCACAUCGAGGAUACCAAACCAUGGAUGCCCAAGAUCAUCCAGUUGUUCAACAAAGUAACAAAACUGCAGAACUCAUGUCAGAAAAAGCAUACAAAGAGGAAUGGGAAUAUGACAAGAGCUGUGUGUAUUAUCCAGUGCAUAUUACACCCGGAUAUGAAGCUCAGGCUGUAGUUGGUAAAGUCCAGAGUGAUACAAAGUACAAACAAGACUUUGAAAAAGAGAAAGAAAAAAAUGUUUUCGAUGUCACCAAAACUAAGGGAUAUCAAGAGUCAGCUGAAGUUGUCAAUGUUACUUCCCAAACAAAGUAUCAGGAGGCUUACCAGAAGAAUAAGCACAUGUUGACUCAAAUGGAAGAAACUCCAGAAAUGAAAAUUUCGAAAGAUCUUCAUCACAUUCAAAGCAAAAAACUUUAUGCUGCGCAGUCAAAACAAAUGCAACAGAAAGUGAAUGUGGGAUCAGACCUGCAAGAAAUUUCUAAUGCUGUCUCAAAGCAAAAACUUACAUCCAAUGAUACAUACAGAACAGAUUACAAGAAGAAUGUGAUAGGUAAAGCACCACAUGAUGUUGCAAAUGCUUAUCCAGAAUAUGAUCAUCUGAAGAAUGUGAGCAAACAGAUCAGCCAGAGGGAAUAUGUGCAAGAUGCAGAAAAGAUCAAACAUCAUCAUAAUCUUCCUGUUGAUUAUCCAGAGUUCGUAAGAGCAAAAGAAAAUGCAAUAAAUGCUAGUGAUAUUCAAUAUCAGAAACAGAAAAAAGAAACAACUGCUGCUUAUCGCGGUUUUCAGACUAUGGACAGCAGUGAACAUCCAAUUGUUCAGCAAGGACUGAAAGCUGCAGCCCUAAUGUCAGAUAAAGCCUACAGAGAAGAUUGGGAAUAUGAUAAAAGUAUUGUGUACUAUCCAGUUCACAUUACACCAGGAUAUGAAUCUCAAGCUGAAGUUGCAAAGAUCCAGAGUGAUAAAAAGUACAAAGACAACUUUGAGAAAGAAAAGGACAAGAAUAAAUUCAACAUCACUGAUACAGAGCAUUACAAGACAAUGAAGGAAGUUGAUGAAGCAUCAUCAGAUGUUAAUUAUAAGAAAGGGUAUGAAGCAAAUAAAAACAAAGUUACAUCCCUUGAAGAAACUCCUGAGAUGAAACUUGCCAAAGAUCUGCAUCCUGUUCAAAGCAAGAAACUGUACUCUGAUGAAUCAAAGAAAAUGCACAAAAAUGUUAAUGUUGGGUCAGAUGUCCAAGAAAUUGCUCAUGCUAUGUCAACCCAGAAAAUGACUUCUAAGGAUGCAUACAAAUCUGACUUCAUGAAGGAAAUGGUUGGAAAACCACCACAUAAUGUUGCUGAAGCAUAUCCAGAGUAUAAACAUCUACAAAAAGUCGCCAAGGAAGCAAGCAAGAUGGAAUAUAUCAAGGAGGCUGAAAAAAUCAAGCAUCAUCAUAACCUUCCUUUGGAUUACCCUGAGUUUGUUCGAGCUAAGGAAAAUGCAAAAAAUGCCAGUGACAUGGAGUACAAAAAAGACCUCAGAAAGAUAACAGAUGCUUAUCGUGGAUUCCAAACAAUGGACAGUGCUGAUCAUCCUAUUGUCCAACGAGGAAUCAAAGCUGCGGAACUUAUGGAUGACAAAGCAUACAAGGAAGAUUGGGAACAUGAAAAAAGUUAUGUGUAUUAUCCAGUGCAUAUAACUCCUGGAUAUGAGGCUCAAGCUGAAGUCAGCAAAGUCCAGAAUGAUGCUGUCUACAAACGUGAUUUUGAAAGGGAGAAAGACAAGAACAAAUACAAUAUCACUAAUACUGAAAGUUAUCACCAAAUGAAAGAAACAGAUCAGGCCACAUCUGAGAGAAAUUACAGAGCUGAAUAUGAAUUGAAUAAGUCUAAAUUUACGCCACUUGAAGAAACACCAGAAAUGCAGGCUGCAAAACAACUUCAUCCUUUCCAAAGCAAAAGUGUUUAUACCAAAGAUUCAAAGGACAUGAUGAAAAAUGUUAAUGUUGGUUCAGAUGUCCAAGAAAUUGCUCAUGCUCUUUCAACACAAAAACUUGCAUCUGCUGAUAAAUAUAAAGAAGAUUACCAGAAGGAAAUGGUGGGAAAAGCACCUCAUGAUGUUGCACAAGCUUAUCCAGAAUAUGAAAUUUCUAAAAUGGCAACCAAACUAGCUAGCAAGACCGAGUAUGCUAAGGAUGCAGAAAAGAUGAUGCAUCACCACAAUUUACCUCUGGAUUAUCCAGAAUUUGUGCGUGCAAAAGAAAAUGCUAAAAAUGCAAGUCAGCUUCAAUAUCAAAGACAAAAAGGCGAAGUUAUCCAAGCAUACAGAGGAUUUCAGACAAUGGACAGUACGGAUCAUCCUAUUGUACAACAGGGAAUGAAGGCAGCAGAGUUAAUGGAUUCUAAAGCGUAUCAUGAAGAUUGGGAAUAUGACAAAAGCUGCAUCUACUAUCCUGUACACAUCACACCUGAAUAUGAAGCUCAAGUUGAAGUUGGAAAAGUCCAGAGUGAUGUUAAAUACAAGGAAGGUUUUGAAAAAUCUAAAGAAAAGAACACAUUUACUGUUACCGAUACAGAAGCUUACAAAAAUAUGAAGCAAAACGAUUUAUCAUCAUCAGAAGUGAAAUACAGAGAAUUGUAUUUGAAAAACAAAGGAAAGAUGAUUGGAGUUGAAGAAACACCAGAAAUGAAGCUGUCUAAAGAACUUCAACCUGUCUUGAGCAAAACCACAUACACUGAACAGUCAAAGCAAAUGCAUAAAAAUGUUAAUAUUGGAUCAGAUUUGCAGGAAAUUGCUCAUGCUGUUUCUACACAAAAGUUGACAUCUGAAGAUGUUUACAAAGAACAAUUUAAAAAGGAUGUUGUAGGCAAAGGGCCUAAUGAUCCAGCACAAGCUUAUCCAGAAUAUAAACAUCAUCGGGAAGUUAGCAAAGCUUCAAGCAAAGCUGAAUAUGUGAAAGAAGCAGAGAAAAUCAAGCAUACUCACAAUUUACCACUUGAUUAUCCAGAGUUUGUCCGAGCAAAAGAAAACGCAUUGAAUGCCAGUGAUAUCAAUUAUCAAAAACAAAGAAAAGAAGUUAUUGAUUCCUACAGAGGAUUUCAGACCAUGGAUAGCACAGAACAUCCUAUUGUACAACAGGGUAUAAAAGCUGCUGAAUUGAUGUCUGAUAAAGCGUACAGAGAAGAUUGGGAAUAUGACAAGAGUUGCAUCUACUACCCUGUACACAUCACACCGGCAUAUGAAUCACAAAUCGAAGCAAGCAAGAUUCAAAGCGAUGUAAAAUAUAAGGAAGAUUUGAAGAAAGCUGCUCAAGAAGGAAAUAAAUUCAACAUCACAGAUACUGAAGGUUAUAAAAAUAUGAAGCAAACUGAUCAAAUGUCAUCAGAUAUAACAUACAGAGCAGAACAUGAAUUGAACAAAGGCAAAGUGACUCAAAUGGAAGAAACACCAGAAAUGAUUCUUUCAAAAGAGCUCCAUCCUGUUCAAAGCAAGAAAAUUUAUACGGAUGAAUCCAAAAAGAUGCAUCAAAAUGUUAAUGUGGGAAGAGAUAUCCAAGAAAUUGCUCACGCUGUAGAAGCACAAAAAGUGGCAAACAAAAAAGAUUACAAGUCCACCUAUGAAAAGGAAAUGGUUGGAAAAUCACCACAAGAUAGUGCGAUUGCUUAUCCUGAAUAUAAACACUUGAGUGAAGUCAGCAAAGCUACAAGCAAGGCAAACUAUAUCAGAGAUGCAGAGAAAAUGAUGCACACUCACAAUCUUCCUCUCGAUUACCCAGAAUUUGUGAGAGCUAGGGAUAAUGCUAAAAAUGCAUCAGAUAUUGAAUAUCAAAAGCAGAGGAAGCAAGUGAUUGACUCAUACCGAGGAUUUCAGACCAUGGAUAGUCAAGAGCAUCCAAUUGUCCAACAAGGAAUGAAAGCUGCUGAAUUAAUGUCAGAUAAAUUGUACAAAGAAGACUGGGAGUAUGACAAGAGCUGCAUUUAUUAUCCAGUGCACAUAACUCCUGGAUAUGAAUCCCAAAUUGAAGCAAGCAAGCUAUCCAGUGAUAUUCAGUACAAAAAUGCUUUUGAGAAAACAAAGGAUCAGAAUCGAUUCAAUGUGACUGAUACUGAACAGUACAAAGAAAUGAAGAAGAUGGAUGAGAUUUCAUCUAAUGCAAAAUAUAGAGAAGAAUAUGAAAAAAAUAAAGGAAAGAAUUUCACUGAGAUUGAAGAAACACCUGAAAUGAAACUGUCAAAAGAUUUGCAACCCAUCUUGAGCAAGAAAACUUAUACUGACAAGUCUAAGAAAAUGAUGAAGAAUGUUACAUUUGGAUCAGAUGUCCAGGAAAUUGCCCAUGCUGUUUCUGCACAAAAAUAUCAGUCUGAUGAUGUGUAUAGGGCAGAAUAUAAAAAGGAGAUAGUUGGAAAAGGACCUCAUGAUGCUGCAAAAGCUUAUCCUGAAUAUGAACAUUUGAAAAAUGUUAGCAAGCUGACAAGCAAGUCUGACUAUGUGAAGGAAGCAGAGAAAAUUAAACAUCAUCAUAACCUUCCUCUCGACUAUCCAGAGUUUGUCAGAGCCAAAGAGAAUGCAUUGAAUGCCAGUGAUAUAAACUACCAAAAACAGAAAAAAGAGGUCAUUGACUCUUACAGAGGAUUUCAAACCAUGGAUAGCACAGAACAUCCUAUUGUUCAGCAAGGAAUUAAAGCUGCAGAACUUAUGUCUGAUAAAGCAUAUCGAGAGGAUUGGGAAUACGAUAAGAGCUGCAUCUACUUCCCAGUUCACAUCACCCCAGGUUAUGAACAAGCUCUUGAAGUGAGCAAGGUUCAGAGUGCUAACGCUUACACCAAAGACAAUGAAAAGGAUAAAUCAAAAAAUAAGUUCAACAUCACUGACACAGAUAUGUAUAAAACAGUGAAAGAUGUAUUCAACAUGUCUGAUGCUAAAUACAAAGAAGCAUAUGAAGCAAAUAGAGGUAAAGGAUUUACACAGAUGGCAGAAACACCAGAAAUGGCAAUCUCUAAAGCAUUACAGCCAUUGUUGAGUCACAAAAAAUAUUCUGAUGAAUCUAAAUCGGUAAUGCAGAAAUACAACCUGGAUUCAAGUGUCCAAGAAAUUGCACAUGCCUUAUACAGUCAAAAGUUUGCAUCUAAAGCGAAAUACCUGGACUUUUACAAGAAAAAUGUACUGGGAACAACAACAAAAGACCCGAAAGCUUUCCCUGAAUAUGAUCAUGCGAAAGAAGUGUCCAGACUGACAAGCAAGAGUGAAUAUGUCAAAGAUGCAGAGAAAAUCAUGCAUACUCACAAUAUACCGUUAGAUUAUCCAGAAUUUGUUCGGGCUAAAGAAAACGCAAAGAAUGCCAGUGAUCUGGAAUACAAGAAACAGAGAAAAGAAGUUAUUGAUUCAUACAAAGGAUUCCAAACAAUGGACAGUAGUGACCAUCCAAUUGUACAACAAGGAAUCAAAGCUGCAGAACUGAUGUCCGAUAAAGCGUAUCGCGAAGAUUGGGAAUAUGACAAAAGCUGUAUUUAUUAUCCUGUACACAUAACACCUGGAUAUGAACAAGCUUUGGAAGUCAGCAAGGUUCAAAGUGAUAUUGCAUACAAAAAACAACAUACUGCAGAUAAGAGCAAGAACAAGUAUGAAGUUACAAAUACUGAAAUCUAUAAAACCGUAAAAGAUGCAGCAAAACAAUCCGAGACUGAGUACAGAAAAGAGCAUCUUCUUAACAAAGGCAAAGGUCAUACUCAAAUGGCAGAAACUCCUGAAAUGACGAUUGCCAAAGCCGUUCAACCUUUACUGAGUGCAAAAUGGUACGCUGAUGCAGCUAAGCAGACAAUGCAAAUGUAUAAUCUGGACUCCUCUGUUCAAUCGAUUGCUCAUGCACUUCAGUCACAGAAAGAUACUUCAUCUAGUCGUUACAUCGAGGAUUUUAAAAAGAAUAUUGUUGGAAAAGCACCGACUGAUCUUGCUAAAUCAUAUCCUGAAUAUGAACAUCUUAGAAAUGUCACAAAAUUAACAAGCAAGAAAGAAUACUUGAAGGACGCUGAAAAAAUGAUGCAUCAACAUCAUCUUCCUUUGGAUUACCCUGUAUUUGUAAAUGCCAAAGAAGUUGCUAAGAAUGCCAGUGAUAUACAUUACAAGAAACAACGAAAAGAAGUGAUUGAUUCCUAUCGUGGUUUCCAAACAAUGGACAGCACAGAACAUCCUGUUGUUGUUCAUGGCAUCAAAGCCGCUGAUCUCAUUUCAGAGAGGAAAUACAAGGAAGAUUAUCUUGCUGAUUGUGAUUUGAUAUACUAUCCAGUUCAUCUUACUCCUGGAUAUGAAGCUGCAAUAAAUGCAAACAAGUUUAGCAGUGAGGUUGAAUACAGACGAAAAUCAGCAAAGGAUAGUGACAAGAACAAGUACUUAUACACAGAAACUGAACGUUACAAGACCGAUAAGAUACUGGAUGAUUUGAAAGAUUUCAACUACAAAGUUCCAAAUGUAAAGUUCACUGCAAUGGAACGCACACCAGAAAUGGAAUUGUCUAGUUUAGUGAAAGAUUAUCUUAGUGAUUCUACAUACCAAAAGCAAGCAAGAAAAAUGUUUGACAAAUACAAUUUGAACAUUGAUGAACAAAGGUUGGCUCAUGCUCUUUCAACAAAUGAGAUGGCUUCACAAAUAAAGUACCAAAAGGAUUUCAAAGACAACAUGAUUGGAAAAGCAGCAGCUGAUGUAAAGAUUGCUCAUCCUGAGUAUGAACAUUUGAGAGCAGUAUCUAAACUCACAAGCAAGUCUGAGUACAUAAAAGAUGCGGAAAAAAUUUUGCAUCAUCAUAACCUACCACUGGAUUAUCCAGAAUUUGUUCGAGCAAAGGAGACUGCAAAGAAUGCUAGUGAUAUUCACUAUCAAAAGCAGCGUAAGGAAGUCAUUGAUUCUUACCGGGGAUUUCAGACUAUGGACAGCAGGGACCAUCCAGUUGUUCAGCAAGGAAUAAAAGCAGCUGAUCUUAUGUCUGAUGCUAAAUACAAAGAAGACUACUUGGCAGAUCGUGAUCUUAUUUACUAUCCUGUUCAUCUUACUCCUGGGUAUGAAUCUGCUGUGAAUGCAAGCAAAUAUCAAAGCGAGACCCUGUAUAGAGAGCAACAUCAAAAAUCAAAAUCAGAUGUUCAUUUCAAUCCAGUGGAAACUGAUUUGUACAAAGUUGCCAAAGAGACUCAAGAGGCAGUUAAUGAUAUUAAGUACAGAGAUGCUGCAUUAGAAAGACUGUCAAAGGAGCUGACUUCCUUAGCAGAAACACCAGAGAUGGUGGUUUCACGAACAUUGAAACCAUUGACAAGUCAUAAACUGUAUACUGACCGCGCAAAAGAACUAAUGAACAAAUAUCAUUUGGAUGUUGAAGUUCCGGAAAUAGCUCAGGCUUUGUUUGCAACUCAAAUACAAUCAAAGAAAAGAUAUCGCGAACAAUAUGACAAGGAACAAAAAGGUUCUGCACCUCAUAACAUUGCUUUGUCUUAUCCAGAAUGUGAUCAUGCUAGGAAAGUCGGGAAACUCACAAGCAAGAAAGAAUAUAUGAAAGAAGGUGAAGAAAUAAAGCAUCAAUUCACCUUGCCUGCUGAUGCACCUGAACUUGUUAGAGCAAAAGAAGCUGCAGACAAUGCUAGUGAUAUCAAGUACAAAAAACAAAUGCCAGAAAUACAGAAGGCCUAUCGAGGAUUUCAAACAAUGGAUACCAAAGACCAUCCUGCGAUUCAGCAAAGCAAUAGAGCUGCUGAACAAUCUGAUAUCAAAUACAAAGAAGAUUACUUGAUUGAGAGAAGUUACAUCUACUUUCCUGUUCACCUGACUCCAGGAUAUGAGGUUGUUCAAGCAAGUGCAGCAACAGCUGAUGUUAACUACACUCAAAAACACAAGAAUGAGAAGAGUUUGAAUCGUUUUAACGUGACAGAAACUGAUCAGUAUAAAAACGUCCAAGAUCAAAGAAAAUACAUGGAUGAUAAUAUGUACAAAAAAGAUUUGGAAAAUUUGACAAAAGACUUUACUCCAAUUGCUGACUCUCUUCAACAAGUUCACUUAAAUUCAAUGCAAGGACUGUUGAGCCAGAAACAAUAUGCAGAUGCUGCAAAACGUAGUCUUGACAAAUACAAUUUGAACAUAGAUGAGAUUCAAAUUGCACAUGCAGUUGCAUCAGCACCAUUGGCAUCUAAUGCUGCUUAUCUGAGUGAAUACAAAACUGAACUUGUUGGCAAACCCAGAAGUCAAGCUGGAAUGGACACUUAUCCAGAAUAUGUAAAUGCAGAAAAGGUGUCAAAGCUAACCAGCAAGAAAGUAUAUACUAAAGAUGGGGACGAACUACGUCAUCAAUUCACUAUGCCCGUGGACACUCCCGAGCUUAACAGAGCAAAGGAAGCAGCAAAGAAUGCCAGUGAUUUGAUUUACAAGAAACAAAGAGGAGAAGUCAUCAGUGCAUUUAGAGGAUUUCAAACAAUGGACAGCAAAGAUCAUCCAGUUGUUCAACAAGGAAUCAAGGCUGCUGAUCUAAUAUCUGACGCUAAAUACAAAGAAGAUUACAUGAUUGACCGUAACCUUAUAUACUAUCCUGUGCACAUCACUCCAGGAUAUGAAUCUGCUCUCAAAGCCAGUCAGUUUAACAGUGACGUCAACUACCACAAAUCUGCAAAACAAAAUCUGGGAGAUGUACAUUACAACCUUACAACAACAGAUGCAUACAAAGAUAUGAAAGAAUUGGGGAAGUUGUCAGAUGUUACCUACAAGCAAGAUUUGUCAACUUUAACUUUUACACCUAUUGUUGAUGCCCCUACCAUGCAACAAGCUAAGUCUGCACAAGCUCUGACAAGUUACUGGUUCUAUAAAGAUCAAGCUAAAAAAAUGAUGGACAAAUACAACUUGACUGUCGAUGAUCAACAAUCAACUCAUGCUCUUUAUGCCAGCAAGCUCUAUUCAGAUGUUCUUUACAAAGACAAAUAUGAGAAAGAAAUUAAAGGAAAAACAACUGCAGUUACUAUGGAAAGCUAUCCUGAGCAUCAACAUGCUAUUAAGGCAAACAAAUAUCUGAGUCAAACCGAGUAUACUAAAGAAGCAGAAGACACCAAGCAUCAUUAUACCCUUCCUGUUGAUAUGCCUUCCAUCAAACAUGCGAGAGAGGUUGCUGAAAUGCAGAGUAAUAUCAACUACGUAAAGUCAAGAAAGGAGGUGAUUGAUAGCUUCCGUGGUUUCCAAACAAUGGACAGUAAAAGCCAUCCAGUUGUCCAACACGGAAUAAAAGCAGCUGAUUUAAUAUCAGAGCGCAAAUAUAAAGAAGAUUACAUGGAAGACAGAAAUCUUAUUUAUUAUCCUGUGCAUCUGACUCCUGGAUACGAAUCCUACACCAAUGCUAGCAAGUUUGCCAGUGAUGUUGAUUACAAGAAAAAGCAUCGAAAACAGUUGGCAAGUUAUCAUAAUUUCCCAGCUGAGAAAACACCAGGAUAUAUUUCAGCAAGAGAACAUGACCAGCUCACAAAUGAUGCUACGUACAGGCAGAAGAAUGUUGAUUUCACAGUUGUUCCAGAUUUAAAUGAAACAAGAUUGUUCAAAGAGGUUCAACCACUUGUCAGUCAGAAACUGUACAAAAACAAAGCAAAGGAACUGAUGGGAAAAUAUCACCUCACUGCAGAUAUUCCUGAAAUAGCUCAUGCAUUGUACAUGACAGAUGUUGCUUCACCACUUGUCUAUCGCUCAAUUUAUGAAAAAGAUUUGAAAGGCAAAUCAGCACAAGGAUUGGAAAAAUCCGAGUAUUUUGCUCAAAUCAAGAAGGCAUCAGAGUUAGCCAGUAAUAAAAAUUAUCCAAAAGAUCGAGAUGCACUACGUAAUCAGUAUACUCUGGAUGCAAGUGUACCCAGCUUCGAGCAGGCGAAGAUCGCUGGUAAACAAGCCAGUGACAUUGAAUAUAAAAAAGGAUUACUUGAAGCUCGUGAAAAGGGAACGUGCUAUCAUAAAAUGGCCAUGAAAGAAAUUCCUGCAUACCAGAAAGCUAUUGAUUGUGCUAUCAAUUUCAGUGAUCACAAGUACAGAGAAGACUAUGAAGACAUGAAGAAAUACAUCUAUUUUCCAUAUCAUAUCACUCCACAAUAUGAAAAGUAUUCAGAAGCGAGCAAGUUGUUAAGUUCGAAUGAAUACGCAAAAGAUUUGAAGAAGAACCUCCAGUUACUGAGAUACAACUACAAUGAAGUUCCUGGAUACUUACAUCAAAAGGCAUUAAUGGACCUCAUAAGCUCGCAAAAAGAUAAGCAGGCUCUCAAGGAACUACAUGCAACAGGAUUCACAUCAAUUGCUGAUGAUGCUUUCCAAGAACAUGUUAGCGGAGUACAAAAAAGAAUAAGCAAUAAUCUGUACAAACUUGAUGCUAAAAAAGUCAUGGAUCAGUAUCACAUCACUGCUGAUUUACCAGACAUCAAACUUGCAACAUAUGCUUCAAAGUUGGCUAGUCAGAACAUUUAUAAAGCAGACUAUGAAAGUGCUAAAGGAACUGCAGGAAAGCUUGACUUAGAAAUGCCAACAUUCAAGCUUGCCAAAAGAGUGAAAGAUCUUGUUAGUGACAAUGUAUACAAGCAAGGUGCAGAAGAAGAAAAGCACCGGUACAGUCUUGUUCCAGACAGACCUGAUUUUGUUCAUUCUAUGGAAGUUGGACGUAAUGUUAGUGAUAAUCUGUACAAGAAAAAGGGAAAAGAGGAAUCCAGCAAAUGUCAGGCAUACCAGCAUCUACCUGCUAAGGAUCAUCGGGAUGUUGCUCAUGCCAUCAAAAUAAGAGACAUUAUUUCUGAUAGUAAAUAUAAAGAAGAAUAUAAUGAACUGAGGAACAUCAUUUAUUUCCCUGUGCAUUUGACUACUGGAUAUGAGGCCGCUGUGAAUGCCAACAAAUUUGCUUCCGAUGCAACAUACAAAGCCAAAUGGAGAGCUAACAGAUACAAAAAUGAAUUUAAAGUCAACGAAACUGAAGUUUAUAAACAUGAUCGAUCAAUGCAAGAAAAGAUCAGUGAUAUUGCUUACAGAGCCAAGUACAAAUCUGAACUUGGGAAAUCUCCAUAUAUCACAGAUACUCCAGACUGGUGCCAUCAAAGAGAUAUGAAAACAUUGUAUAGUGAUAUAUCGUACAGAAGUGGUGCAAAAGAAAUCAUGGACAAAUACAAUCUUUUGUCUGAUGAACCAAGAAUCAAACAAGCAUUAUUUGCCACUGCACUUGCAAGCGAGAAACGAUACCGGCAUGAAUAUGAUAUGGAGAAGGGAAAAGGUGCUUCAAAUUUACAUGAAACGCCACAGAUGAAACAACAACUUCAAGCUACUACGCUACUGAGUGAGAAACCAUACAAAAAAGAUGCUCAACAAAUGCUUAGCAAAGUUCGUCUGCCAGAAGACACCACUGCAAUCAAGCAUGCUGCUUCAGUUGGAAAACUUGUCAGUGAGAAUGUUUACAAGAAAGAAGGCACACAGAAUGAAUUGCAAGGAUAUAAAAAACUGAGGGUCAAAGACAAUUAUGCUCAGAAAUUUUUUGAAGACAACAAGGAUAUAUAUUCGGAGGUGCAAUACAAAAAAGAAUUCAAUGAGCAAAAAGGUCACAAUAUUCCAGUUGUUGAGACUCCAGAAUCUAUCAGAGUAAAGAAUCAACAGAAAUUUCUCAGUGAUGCUGUGUAUAAAAAAGAUUUGGAAAAAGAAAUCAGAGGCCAGGGUCUAACAACAGACUCUACCCCACAAAUUGCUCAUGCUAAACUUGCAGGCGAAUUACAAAGCCAGCUGCAUUACAAAACUGGAUUGGAGGACAUUUAUCGCUGGCAAAGUGGGGAAGCAAUCAACACUCCAACCGCACUUAAAAACAAAGAAAACAAGGACAUCAUAAGUGAGAACAAAUACAAAGAAGCAUAUGAGAGUGAAAAAGGAAAAGGUUGCGAUGUUGUUACUCCAGCGAUUGCACAUGCCCAAGAAAUAACCACUUUGACCAGUGAUAACAAGUACAAAGAGAAAUAUGAAGAAGCAAAAGGAGAUAAAACAUGUUUCAGUACAAUGGAAUCAACACCACAAACUGAUCAUGCUAGAGACAUCGGCGCCAAAGUUAGCAGCAACAAAUAUAAGGAACAACAUGAGAAAGAAGACAUUGGAAAAUCAGCUGAAUUGAAGGAUUCUGUUCUGUUGCAAUCAAAUCUCAAAACAACUGAGUUACAAAGCAAUCUCAAAUAUGGCAAACAAGCAGAUGAAGCUAUUGAACAAUACAAAGGAUACUUCCAUCAUAUCAAUGAAACACCCUCAAUGAAGCAUACUCAGAAGGUCCGGGACUUGCUAAGCAGAUUCAAGUACAGAGCUGAAUACGAAAAUGACAAGACCAUUAUAUAUUUUCCAUACUUUUUAACUCCACAAUAUGAGUCACAAAAGAAAGCCAGUGAACUUCUCAGUGACAAUAUCUAUAAAAGCAAGGCAGAAAAAGAAAGAGGAAAUAUUCAUAUUCCAGUUGAUACUCCCAGCUUGGUGCAUGCAAAGGAAGCCGAUGCUUUGUUGUCUGAUUUGAUCUAUAAGAAAGAUUAUGAGCAACAAAGAGGUAAAGGAAUUACCUUACGUAGCUUAGAUGACUUGCCUCUACUGCUUCAUUCAAAAAAGAUGCAAAGACUUGUCAGUGAAAACAAAUACAAGGCUAAAAGCAAUGAAAUUAAAGACAAAUACCAUCUUGAUGUAACUACUCCACAAAUGAUGAAUGCCAAGAAAGCCAACAAAUUGGCAAGCAUUAAUGCAUACAAAGAUCAGUAUGAAAAAGAAAAAGGACAACCAUACAAUGUGACAGAUUCAUUUGAGAUGAACCACCUUAAGCAUUUGCCUGAUCAGUUCAGUGAUACAAAAUAUAAACAAGACUUGAUUGUAUCAAGAGGAAAAGUCAUACAAACGGAAGACACGCCAUGGUUGACGUCGUUUCAACAAGCACAAGACUAUGUCAGCAAUAUAAAAUAUGGCAAGAAACCAUUUGACCUCAAGAGUCGAUAUCAGCCUGACAAGUUUAACGCUCACAUCAAAAAAGUUACUGAAAACAUCAGUGAUCAGAAAUACCAUGAAGACUUUGAAGAAUAUUUCAGAGGAAAUCUUAUUCCGGUUCCAGAUCACCCAGAACUUCAACAAGUGUUGCGCAACUCAAAACUUAUCAGUAACAAAAACUACAAAGACAAGGCUCGCAAAGAUCUCCAACAUUAUAUUUUGGUUCCUGACACACCUGAGUUCCAGAGAUUAAAAGAAGCAGCUAAUUAUCUCAGUGACAUCACAUACAAGGAAGAGGGUGACAAAAUAAGAAAUCAGUACACUAUUGUCGCUGAUACUCCAGCAAUAAUAAAUGCAAAGGAAUCACAGGCUCUUACUAGUGAGCAAGCGUACAGAAAAGAUGCCAAACAAAAGAUGGCUACUGAAUAUAUGAUACCAGCAGAAGGUACACCAACUAUUCAACAACAAAGAUAUGCCACAACUCUUGCCAGUGACAAGGACUACAAAGAAAAAGGCGAGGAAAUUAAACAUCAACCAUGGGCUUACAGCAAGCUACAGGAAACAAGAGACACUAAACAUGCAAAAGAUAUGGGAAGAUUGGCUAGUGAUAUUAGCUACAAAUCCAGUGCGAAGAAAGAAUUGCAACAUAUCCAUCCAUCUGCUGAAACACCAUGGCUCACCAAAGCCAAAGAAGUUAUGGAUAAUGUCAGUGAGACAAAAUAUAAAGCCAAGGACAAAGAUUUGCAUCAAAAGUACAGAAUGCGAGAGGGUGAUGAUCGCUUUAUAAAGCAUGCAUUGGAGGUUCGAGACAAAAUCAGUGAUGUAAAAUACAAAGAACAAUACAUGAAAGACAUAGGAAUUUGUUGGUGUCUGCCUUCAGAAAUGUCCAUUGAUCAUGCUAUUAAAGCAAAUGAGCUUGCUAGUGAUAACCAAUACAAGAAGCAAGCUCAAAAACUGAAAGGUAAAUAUCACAUCACAACUGAUACACCAGAGUAUGAAAGACUUCGAAAACUGAAGGAUGAAAUGAGUGAGACACAAUACAGGGAUGAACUAAAGAAAUUCACUGCUCUGGCUGCAACACCUGAAAUGCAACAUGCAACAAAAGUGUCAAGUCUUGUUAGCAAAAAUAAAUACAAAGAAGAUCAUGAAAAGUCAAAAGGCCACUACACAGUGCUGAAGAAUGAUCCAAAGAUUGCUCAUGAUCAACAAGUUAAUAAACAACUAAGUGAUGUUGCAUACAAAAAAGAUAUCAAAAAAAUGAAAGAAGAUGGAUACACUUUUCUGGCUGAUGCACCAGACAUGGAACAUAAUAAGAAACUACAAAAAAAUAUCAGCAAUACGGAAUAUAAAAGAGAAGCCAAAGAGCAUAGUGAUUUUACAGUACUUGAAGAAACACCUGAAGUGAAACAUGCAUUGGAUACUGCUAAAAUGCAGAGUAAUCUUCAUUAUAAGCAAAAGGUUCAAGGAAAAGAUAUUGCAUUGCUCCAGACCCCACAUAUGAAGCAUGUCAUGAAUGCUAAUAAAUUACAAAGUGACCUGAAAUAUAAGGAAGUUUACAACAACGACUUAAAAGGUAAGGGAUGGCGUUUCACUCAAGAUACACCAACUCAAAGACAUGUUGAAAGCAUUGGAAAAGUGCAGAGUGACUACAAAUAUAGGAAGAACUACAAAGACAAUGUCGGCAAAGGUUUCACUGUUGUUACUGAUAGACCAGACCUUGUACAUGCAACCAAUAUUAAAGAUGUUGUCAGUGAUUAUGAGUACAAGCGUCGCCACAGAGACAUGGUUGGAAAAGGAUAUACAUUUGUUGCUGACAAUCCUGGUAUCGUUCAUGCAGAAGAAGCAAACAUACUUCAGAGCGAGCUGCGAUACAGGAGAAACUAUGACAAGUCCAAAGGCAAAGGAUGGCAAUCUGAAGACUCUCCUGCUCAUGGACAUUUUAAGGAAGCUCAAAAGCUUGUAGACAAUAUUGAUUACAAGAAAAGUGCUCAAGAGAUCAAUGCUCGUGGCACAGGAGCAUCUAUGGAGGUCACCCCUAGCCAACUCCACCAUAAGAGGGCAGCAGAAAUUCUUGAUAAUCGAAAAUACAAGAGUGAUUAUGAACAAAAUAUUAAAGGUCGUGGCAUGAAUAUGGACAUGGUCAAUACACCCAGUAUGGAUCACAUCAGAAGAGCUGAAGCAAUAAAGAGCGAUAUUAAUUACAAAUCUCAAUAUCAAGAAAAUAUGAGAGGACGACCCACUGCAGUAAUGGAUGCACCUCAUAUACUACAUGCCCAGCAGGCGUCACAACUCAUCAGCGAUAAUAAAUACAAAGCUGAUUAUCAUAACAACAUACGUGGUAAAGCACACUCAAUGACAUUUACUCCAGAGAUGGAAAGAGUAUGUGAAACACAGAAAAUGAUGUCACAGAAUGCUUACAAGUCUGAUGCAGAAGAGCACAGAUCAAACUACUCCGCUCCAAUUCUUGAUACACCAGAAUGGAGAAGAAUUAAACAAAAUACAAAGAACUUCAGCACAGUCAAAUACAAGGAUAAUUCUUCUAUCGGUCGAUCUAUCAAUGUUCUUGAUACUCCUGAGUUUAGAACUGCUAAACGAAAUAAAGAAAAUUUCAGUCAGAUUAAAUAUCAAGAGGAUCGCAGUAAACUCAGAGGACAAGCAACACAAGUUACGGAUGACCCUCAAAUGCGUAGAGCACUUCAAGCAGCUAAAAUUGCCAGUGAUGUUGAAUAUAAAAAGACCAGAGAAAAGUCUGAAGAAAUGGAAAAAAGAAGACAGCAAUUAGUGGCUGAACAACAGCAGAAAAAUCGCACAAAAUUGCAAACAACGCUGAGGACAUCACAGGUUGCACCUGCAAAACACCCUGCAUUUUCGCAACGCAAUGUUGUGCGUCAUGGUCCGGUAAAGAGGUGGAGACGUCAACCAGGAAGCAUUUUCGAUUACGAUCCUUCAGAAUACGAAACAGAACAAGAAUAUGAAGAUGGAAUUGCAUUUCAGAGAAAAACUGAAGCAAUUUCAAGGCCAUACCAUACAGACACUGAAGCAGACUUCGUUAAAAAUAUUAACUGGAAAUCAAACACUAUGGAUAAUAAAUUGACUCCAUGGACAGAUUAUAUUGCAGGCAAAGCAUACAAACCUGUUCAUGCACCAGGAUCAGUGUUGGAUUAUGAUCCAGUAUCAAGAAUGCAACAGAUGCAUGUAUCAGACAAACAGAAAGAGGAACCUGCACCAGUGCAUGUCAGUCCACCUUCAUCCCCGAUAAAACAGCAACCACAGGUACAGAAACAAGAACCGGUAAAAGCCCCUGAGCCCGAACCAGUCAAAGUUGAACCAACUCCUAAAGAGCCAGAACAAUCAGCAGAUGUUAUUGAAGAACUCGUGAGAAAAGGAGAUGGGCAUGUUUAUCAAGCUAUGUAUGAUUACGCUGCACAAGAUGAUGAUGAAGUAACUUUCAUGGAUGGAGAUGUCAUCAUCAAUGCACAGAAGAUCGAUGACGGAUGGAUGUUUGGAACCGUCGAAAGAACAGGACAAACUGGAAUGCUGCCAUCUAACUAUGUCAGUGUCGCGCAAUGAGCAUAUUACCUUGAGACUCUGAUUUUGAAUUACCAAAGUUUUCUUGCUGCUCAGUAAACUUGCUAUAUUUUGUGUAUGCUAUCGAGUGAUUUACAAGGUUUAAAAAUGUACAUAUUAUAAUCCAUUAUAUAAGAAGCAUACUUUGAUUCACGGUACACAAUUUCUGUUUUGUAUAUACACAUACACUGCUUUGCUGCACCAUUAUUAUAUUACUGCUUAUCAUGUAACUUGGCCGUUUGCUAUUAUUUGUUUCUGCAUAACAACAUAUUGUACAUAGACUUUCAUAAAUGCAGUGUUGUCAUACAAUAUUUAACAAUUCACCACAUGUAUGGUAUUAAUUAAUAUUGCAACGUUCAUGCCAAAAUAAACUCAAUGUUUGUGUUGCGAAUAAAUUUGGGACUGUUAACAUA